AUGAAUUUUACCACUUACUUUCUUGGCCUGGUUUUCCUUUUAACCGUUUACCUUGACUUAACCAACUCCUUUGUGGCCUUUACAGCUUCCAGCACACACGGUAUCUUCGCCGCUAUUGCCGUUCCCCUCGAGUUGCCCCAUCGAAAUGUGUUUGUCUCGUACAAUUUUGAGGCCAACUACAAUUUACCCACGAACUGGGAGAAAUGGACAAUAUUUCAAAAUGGUCCCAUAGAGUCGGAGGAAGUUGUAGAAGAAACCGAUACGGAAACGGAUGCGGAGUCUUCCCGUAAAUUGGCCACUGGUUGCCAAAACUGCACAGUGGAGGAGGAAAAUGGGGCAGGUGGCGAAGAAGUGGAGGAAACCACCCAAGUUCUCCCCAAAGAACGCAAAGUUAGAUCAUUGCUUACACGUUCCAAUAUCUAUCGCAUUUUCAUAGAUAAACUAAAAAGAAGUGGUUUUCGUGGUGAAUCUUGCCUGCUGCGACUGAUUUGUGAGACAAGUGCUGCUCAAUUGGAAGAAUUCAACGGCGUGUUGGGCAGUUUAAUGCACGUUUUAUUCAGUCCCAGCUCAUCGGAGUCUGAAGACUUACCACUGCGCUAUUACCAAGCGGAGCACGAUGGUUGGAACGGUCAUUGCCAUGUCUACGAACCAGGUUGUGGCGAAAGUAUUCUGGAGCUUAUAUCAGAACCUUUUGAGGAGAUUUUCAAGCACAUAGAACGCAAUAAAAUAUAG